AUCGCUCCUUCUUUUCUCCACCUUAAUCCAGGUGGUCCUUUGGCUUUUUUGAGUGGCUGGUUCGGGAGGAUUAUUCUUGUUCUUUUCGUGUUUCUGGUGAAGACAAGGCUCCCAGAAGGACACUUUGAUGUUCUCCAUCCAGGACAGCCUCCCCCGGGGGGCCCUGACCAUGAAGGAGGAGCCGCUCCCCACCGGCAUGACCCCGGUCCGCUCCUGGAUGCAGGGCGCAGGGAUUUUGGACGCGAACACAGCGGCACAGAGCGGCGUGGGUUUAGCCCGAGCUCACUUCGAGAAGCAGCCUCCAUCCAACCUGAGGAAGUCCAACUUCUUCCACUUUGUGCUGGCGCUUUACGACCGCCAGGGUCAACCGGUCGAGAUCGAGAGGACCUCAUAUGUCGACUUCGUGGAGAAAGACAAGGAGUACAACGGAGAGAAGACCAACAAUGGAAUCCACUACAGGCUACAGCUCCUCUACAGCAACGGAAUCAGGACAGAACAAGACCUUUACGUUCGGCUGAUAGACUCCAUGACCAAACAGCCCAUUCUGUAUGAAGGACAGGAUAAGAACCCAGAGAUGUGUCGCGUCCUCCUCACCCACGAGAUCAUGUGCAGUCGGUGUUGUGACAAGAAGAGCUGUGGAAACCGUAACGAGACGCCCUCUGACCCUGUAAUCAUCGACAGAUUCUUCCUGAAGUUCUUCCUCAAGUGCAAUCAGAACUGUUUGAAAAACGCAGGGAACCCACGAGACAUGAGGAGGUUCCAGGUGGUGGUCUCCACUACAGUCAACGUGGACGGUCAUGUGUUGGCCGUGUCCGACAACAUGUUCGUCCACAACAACUCCAAACAUGGCCGCCGCGCCCGACGCCUGGACCCCUCUGAAGCAGCCACGCCCUGCAUCAAAGCCAUCAGUCCGAGCGAGGGGUGGACGACCGGCGGCGCCACCGUCAUCCUCAUCGGAGACAACUUCUUCGACGGCCUGCAGGUGGUCUUCGGGACCAUGCUGGUGUGGAGCGAGCUGAUCACCCCUCACGCCAUCCGGGUCCAGACGCCCCCUCGUCAUAUCCCCGGGGUCGUGGAGGUCACGCUGUCCUACAAGUCCAAACAGUUCUGCAAAGGAGCGCCAGGACGCUUCGUCUACACCGCCUUGAACGAGCCAACCAUCGACUAUGGCUUCCAGCGGUUACAGAAGGUCAUCCCUCGCCACCCCGGGGACCCCGAGAGGUUACCUAAGGAGGUUCUGUUGAAGCGAGCAGCCGACCUGGUCGAGGCUCUGUAUGGGAUGCCACACAACAACCAGGAGAUCAUCCUGAAGCGGGCGGCCGACCUCACCGAGGCCCUCUACAGCGUCCCUCGCAGCCACAACCAGCUGCCCUCGCUCACUGGCUCCGCCGCGCACUCGGGCAUGAUGGGAGUGAACUCGUUCAGCAGCCAGCUCGCCGUCAACAUCUCUGAGGCCUCGCAGGCCGACCAGGGUUAUUCCCGUAACUCCAACAGCGUGUCCCCUCGCGGCUACGUGCCCAGCUCCACACCCCAGCAGUCCAACUACAACACCAUCACGUCCACCAUGAACGGAUACGGCGCAGGGAUGACCAACCUGGGCGUGCCCGGAUCCCCCAGCUUCCUCAACGGCUCCACCGCCAACUCUGCUUACGCAAUCAAACAGAAGAGCGCCUUCGCCCCUGUCGUGCGGCCACAGACCUCCCCGCCCCCCACCUGCACCACCACCAAUGGCAGCAACCUCCAGGCCAUGGCGGGUCUCAUCGUCCCGCCGAUGUGAGGCGGACUCUCAGCUAGGAGCAUCAGACGCCGCCCCUCCUCCACCUGAAGGCCUCGUCCACCUGAAACGCCACAACCGCAGCAGCGAAGAAUCCAUCCCAUCAUGCCACAGACCGACCAGCACCACUGUCUGACCCAGAAUGCAUCACUGCACGAGGAGAUAAGAAAGUUUGAAAUCUAUUUUUGCUGACGGCUGCACAUUCGGGGGAGGUCAAAGGUCAUGAUGGUUGGGGGGGAGGGGUCAGGUAUCUGAUCAGUUUGAACCACUGUGAGUCAGAAGGAGGCGUGUCCACUGAGAGCUCAUCACCACGGCAACUAAACUUAAAGGACCAGUCAGUAUUUCCACAUUCAGUUCAUUUACUACAACAAAACAAACCUGUUACACUUUUAACAUUUUAAUUAAUGUGAUUUUUGUCUGAAAGUCUGCAAGGGUUUGAUUUUUUCUUUAAAAAGAAAAUUAUCAAAAUUGUAAAUCAUUGCAGAUUAAUUCCUAGUUAGGUGAUUAAUGAUUUAGGGGAUUUUUACACCACUUUUCAGUGUGAUCUGAACCAAAUCAGAUGUGGAAAUAAAUGUCCAGUCUGUCUCAGUCCUGAUCAUACUGAACCAUGGCUUUUAUGGUUUUGGAUGGUUCAGAUGAAAUACAGGAAGUUACACAAGCCAAUUAACAAUGUAACAACAUCAGAUUCACAACGUCUAUAACCCGAUCAAUGUCAUGAACAGGGAGAUGCAGCACAUGUAGACGAUGACUAAAGGAAAAGGAUGUUUUAAUCGCGACUAAAAUGAGUGUGAAAGCAAAGCUAACAGACCAUAUGUCAACAACAUUUAAAAAAAACUUUGGUUCAUGUGGGAAAACUUCCACAAAAAGUCUGAAUCCAUUUUUAUGUCAAUGUCACAAAGGCAAAGAUUCAGGAUAAAAUUACUUCAGUAAAGGUAAAUUCAACAGCACCUUCAGAAAAUAAAUUAGACAUCUGAAGUUCCAGGCUGAUUAAAACAUACUUCUGCUGGUUGGUGGAACAUUACCACUGUAACAUUAAUGUAUAACUUUGUAGUACAUGAACUAAAAUAUGCAAAGCAGCAGAAUGGUCCUUUAGUCAAACAGGUGUUAUUUUUAACUAUUCUGACUAAAACAAAAGCUGAAAAUGAGUCGACUCAAAUAUAUCGACUAAACUAAAAAUGUUGUUGUUGAACAGGAGCUCUCGGUGGACACUGAACCUGAGGCGGACUGAGUCCACAAACCAGGAAAAAUCUAACUCUUUAAUGUUUUUUUUCCUUCUUUUCUUUCUAAAUCUGCACAAACCGUCAGACGGUUUGCAGAUUUAACGAGUUUUCAAUCAAAUCCCAGAGAGGACCAGACUUCCUUAAAGACGACUGAAAAUAAGGCGACCUUUAGCAUUUUCUUUGUGUACCAUAGCUUUUAAAUGUUUGUGUCUCAUAUCCUAAAGAAAGAAUUAAAGCUGAGAAGAGGAAGGGAACAAAGACGAGGUUUGUCGGAGUAAAGUCGAGGCAGCCCAAUGUUUUGUUUUUGUUUUGUUUCUUUUCUUAUUUUUCGAACAUCUCUCAUUUUUAAAUCCAGUCAAAUAGUUCUGUUUUGCGGGUGUCGAGUGGUAGAUUUUAACCAGAAAAAGCUUGCAGCGUUUUAAUCACAUUUAGGUACCAGAUCUCUUGUUAUUCUUCUGAUUGUGCUUAUUUUAUAUGUAUUUAUAAAGUAUGUUUCGGGGGAAUUCCUUUUGUGAUUUAGGCCUGAAUGAUAGUCUCAAAUAUAUAUGUAAACACAUUUGAUGUCUUAAUACCUUUUAGAUAUUGUAAAAAGAGUGAACAAGUGAGAGGAAUUAACCCUUUUGUAAAAACAAAAAAAGUCAUGACAUGGUCACCCUGUUUUUAAAAGCAGGACGUUAAAACGCUUUCAUCACUUUUGUAUAAAAAUGCUUUUCCGAUACGAUAUUUAACUUUUUGUAAACAGCAUCAUUUGUGUUUCCCCUGGUUCUUCUUGUCCUUUGUGUAUUAUUGUGAAAUGUAUAAUCAUGGUUAUUUCUUAAUGCACUAUUUUUGUUGGGGCACUUAAUAAGAGCAAUGCAUCUUAGCAAAAAAAGAAAAAAAGCUAAAAGUUGUUUAAAAAAGACUAAAGCUAGAACAAUAUGCACCAAUGGUUUUCAGUUUUUGUUUUAUUUUCGCCGUUCUGAAAUGGCAAAAAUCCUUGUCAUGUGAAAUUUUUUUAUAUUUGAAAAGCUUUGAACCAUCAUAAUAUUCCACCACUCUUCCUUUUGGGCCGAGCGUCCAGUCCGUCUCGGUUUCAGUGUUUAGAGGACAAAAUUUUAUCCAUCUUAGUACUCCUAGUCUUUGUGUUUUUUGGUGAGAAUAAGUGCACGGUUAAAAACAGGCAGCGGAUUUUCGAACCAGUUCUGAACAUUCACUGAUCUCCAGGGAAUCUUCCAUUGAUGUCGGUGUUGUUGGUGCUGUUUCGUCGUUACCCACAAUCUGGAUCAUUUUCUUAUGCAACCGUGUCCCCGUUCUGCGACGCCAGCUCGUCUUCCACGCUACUGUGGAAACUUCAGAGUCGAGUCCGAUGCCUUACGAUCGACUACUUCAACACCAAGUCUUUCCAUUUUGAUCCAAUGUUGUGACCUUUGAGUUCUGCAGCGAUGUUUGGUUUUUUUGUUUCGUCUCCAGUCAAACUGCGAGCAUCUUUAGUUUUAGCACCUAGCGGUUGUCCCUCAGGUUUGUCAAAUGUUCAUUAGCAGCACUGAACUGAAAAGCUCUGUCAGCGGUUAACGAAGCCUGUGGAUUUAUGACGAACAACUUUACAUUACGGUGCCCCCACCGGGAUUAUAACAGCAGCAACAAAAACAGGAACAAUAUGUAGCAAAACAUGAUUUUUUUUCCUCUAAAACCAGGAAUCGCUAUCUUGAAUUACAAGAAACUACUAAAUUUAGAAGAAAACAGAUCUAAUUUGAUAUUUCAGGGUCAUGAUAUGAAACUAUUAUUUAUGAAGUAGGUCCCAUUCAAUUAUGGAAAAACAUCUGGAUUGUGUGAUCGUUAAUUAACGUACAAUGUUUUGCAAAACAUUUUUGUGACUUGUGGAAAAAUUAGUUAUGGCGUCCCCACCAGGUCGCAGGAAUUACUACAACAACCAAAAAAAAACUGAUCUCACAGUAACGUCAACAUUUAAUAUUUAAGGAUUUAGUAUUUUAAAAAAUGGUGAAAAGCUCUUACAUUUUCACUAAAAACACAAUUAUUGCACUAAUAUUUAACGAUUAUGUUUUUCCAAGUCAAUGCUAAAACAGCUCAGAUUUUGAGACAAAUAAUUAGUGUAAGACUGUGUCCUGAGAUUCAACUGCAAAUCAUAUGAAAUUUCCAAAAACAGACAUUAUUUACAUACAUUAAAAAAAACAGUAGUAGAGGAAAAGCUACUAAAAUUUACUUUGCAAAAAUUCAAUUGCUAUUAAGUAUAAUAGAAUUUUUUCUGUAUAGAAGAAAAAUACUUCUACAAAUUUCAACUUAAUUCAACGCUGAGAAUUGACAUUUUGAACUCAAAUAUGACACUUUUUUUGACGUAAAGCACUUCUAAUUUAUUCUAAAAAUCUUUUUCGACACAUACUGCAGUUUAAUUUGUUCCUGAUCUGUCUUUCAGAACUAUGUAUGGUACCUUUAACGCCUGUUUAGAAGUAAAAUGAUUCACAGUUUCUUUUGAGGUAAAACCGAGUGCAGGAAAUGGAUGAACUUCAGACUUUAUGCAAACCCAGCAGGACUGACGGGAACCUUCAACGUCGCCGUGUCGGUUUGUUUUUGUGAAAAGCCAUUAUUAAAUGAAACCGCCAGCAGAGCAACAAACACUCACACUCGUACGAAGCGUCUUCUCCGCCUUUCUGACUGCUUGCUUCCAUCUUAGUUUUGUUGUCACAGUUGUAGAGCGUUUGCUUUUCACCGUCCGAGGUUUUAAAAACUGCAGAUUUCCGUUUUUCGAUGUUUUACUUCAAUGUGAAAGAAGGCAGAGGUACUGCAUCUUUGUGAAAUAUGAAAUAUAUCAUCAAAGUAUAUCAAAGCACAAUGUUUAAUUAAUGUCUUUACAAUACGAGCGGGGCGACACCCCCGAGGUUUUUCUUUUUCUGUCUCUGGCCAUGCUGUAAAUAGAUGCAUGUUUUUUGUUUUUUUUUUCCUGUGAUCCAGUGCUUUUUGUACAGAAACAGUCUAAUAAAGAUUACAUUUGGCUUGAA